GCACCUAUCAACUGGAGGCAUGCCAUCUAAGAAGCGUCUAGGCAGCGAAGGCCGCCGCCACACCAACCGUCGCCGUGCGGUUCAGCUGAGUGAGUUUCUGCGCGGUGACGAUGAGCCAACAGGACAGGUUCCUGGCUCACAGGCUGAGUCUCAAAACACCAACGGAAGCUCCAUUGGCACUGUCCCUUCGAGGGACCUCACUGCUAGUUUCGUUACUGUAAGCCCUAUUGUGACACCCGGCACUCCGACUGACAACUCAGAGAGGGACAACCCAGAGAGGGUGCCCCAGACUCCUCCAUCGCUACCACCACCGCCGACACCUAUUAGUGCUUGGAAGUUGUCGUCUGACAAUAACGAUCCUCCCCAAGGCACUUUUAGGGCAGAUAACAAGGCAUUCCCAGACCUGGGCAAGCAGGUGAAGAAAGUCAAAACUGUGGCCAUUCCGGAAACCAACAAUCCCACAAGGUCUUGUGAUUCAUCCAAGGCUCGACGCGAUUGCCCAGUUCUGGGAAACUUUUUACCGGAAACACUGCUGCCUGAAGGCACAGAUGCUAAAGUUCAAGCUGUGGUCAACUGGCUGAGUUCCGUCCAAACGACUGUUGGCAGCAGUCAGAACAACAAGCCUGCUUCUUAUGCUUCACCAAAAAGAAACAUAUUGAAGAGAGCGAGAUCCCAGGAGCAGAAAACUCCUGGCUGUUCUUCUCAGCAACAAGUGCUGAUGCAGCCAGAGAUUACUCCUCAUAAACCAGCUUCGACAGCCACGCGAGCUGUUGUUGCAGGUCCGCCGAUGGAAAGUGGUCCUGGAAGUUCCUUUAAAAAUAAUUUACAACAGAAUAGUACAGCAGGUCCCUCAAAGCAGAAGAUACCCGAGAAUGCUUCGGCACGGGAAACAGAACCAAUUGUAGAACUUCAGGCUGGCGACGAGAAUGUAGUGCCCACACAAGACCAAACUGAAAACGUUGGUGAAAAACAUUUUUUCUGGGAAGAAAGCGACGACACUUCGUUGGAGGAGCAAAAUGUGGAACAAAAAGUCGAACGGGAGAUCGCCGGCGGUCCAUUAAACCCGAUCAGUCGCUCCUUAUUGAAUGCCAAUGCCCUGGAGUUCCAUCCCAGGGCUAGGGAGCGUGAACGGGAGGCGGAGCAGCUGUACCCGGCUGGGGAAUCUACUCAGCAGCUUAGUGAAUCCAAACUGAUGCGAAGACGUCGCCUUCAGCGAACUCAUCGUAAGAUAAAGCGUCGCCGUUUCGGGCGAGGUAACUAUGGUCAGAUAUUUGAGAACCAGGUUUCGGCUCAAGUUCCGCCGUCGCAGCAGUGUCCAAUCCCUGCUCAGCGACAUGGUGAAGGACAACAUCAGGAAGAAAGCCAGAUGGUCUCGCCUGCAUGCUACUACAGUGCCCCGGCGGCUGAUCAGCGCCAGGAUCAAGCAGUUACCCAAGGACAAGAACAAGGACAAGGACAAUACCAAUACGACGGCAACCAGGUGUAUUUAUAUUAUUCCGCUGUGCCAGUUACUUUGACCACUUCUCCAGUUUAUGUCACUGUACAAACUACAGCAGCACCAGUUGCGUCCACCUCUCAAAAUCCCAUUAUAAUGCAGAAUAAUGCCGAUGCCAGCCAGUCGGUUUUUCGGAUGGCCUGCCUCCCAUCGACUGGGGUGGGAACGCGGAACCCGCCAUCAUCGGAUAUCUCGUCUAUCAACCCAUUACCUUCCAGUAUUUCUGGGGCGAGUCAGCUUACCCAUACGCUCAGCUCGUUGGAGAAGAGUUAUCUAGAUUGCCGUGGUCAACAGUCUAUUAUCAGCCCGGAUUUGUUUUUCAACAGAUCCUUAUUGGAUAUGGAUAUGGAGGAAUCCCAGGAGAAGGAAGUGGAGCAAGCGUCUCCCCAACAAUGGCAAUUGAACUCGCACAAGGAGACGGAGACAGAGACCAGGGACCAGCCACGCCAUCAGCAGACCCGCCCCAUCGACAUAACAGGCGACGUAGGCGUCGUCCCUUCAGCUCGUAGGCCAAUAUUCCAGUCACCAUUCUCCUACGGUGAAGGUUAUCCACAGCCCGACCUAAACUGCGUUCCAGCGAACAUCAAGAAACUGCACAAAACCGUAACGCAUCGGUAUUCGGACUACGCCUUCGUCUAUGCCCUAAGUGCCCAGUUGGGUCAGGAGUGCGUGCCUAUGGACUGCUAUGUCUACCUCAAGAUGGUCCUCUUGGCCAGCAUUGUAUCCAUAGAACCGGAUGAGCUGCGGCCACCCAUUUCACUGUGCAUCAUUUCGACGGACAGCCUAAUGGCCAAUCGAUUGAUGAACUGCAUUGGCCAGUUGGCUCCGCGUUUCCUGGGACCCCACGAGUACGGGUUGCAGCCAACGAUUUCUGGUGGUCAGCUAUCGUCGCGUUACACUUGGGUGGUGGCUAGUCCCCUGCUGCUGGCUCAGCAGGGUGUUUACUAUGCAGGCGACUGGACACGCCUGUCCAAGGAGCAAGGAGAGCAGAUUGAAAAAUGCAUUGAGAAUGGCUCGGUGCCGGUGCCCCAAAUCCAGAGCGAUCAGGCCCUGGAGGCAGCCGUCUGGACGCAUUGGCAGCCGGAGAAUUCCACCAAUCAGACCUUGGCCUUUGCCAAAUUGUGCCCAAUCUUUGGUAUGCCCAUUUAUAUGGGUGACGCUGCAGGGAGCAGCAGUGACAGCUUGUGGAACUUUCUGCUGCGCCAGCACUCGAAGGAGGCAGAGUCGGAGGAUAGGCAGCCGGAUGGCUUGAAUAUACCAGAGGAGGAUAUGCGUAUGCUGCUGCAUUUGCUGCACCAGCGACAGAUCACAUUCCAAGAAAGUGCCCAGCAUAUGCUGCAGAAGUACUUUGUAAUAUCCAGAAAGGAGCGACCGACUGUCUUUCACAGUAAAACGUACGUUGUGCUCAAACAGUUUGCUGAAUCCUUUGCCAAGCUUGCCCUGCGUCUGGAGGUCCUGGAAUCGGAUGUUUGCGUGUCCAUCUUUCACUGCGAGCACUUCGUCCAGCAAAUCUUUGGGGGAACAUCACCGCCACCGCCAGGUGUGACUAGUUUCAGCAUCAUCUCGCAUAUCGAUCCGUACAUGAACGAGUUCGUCCGCUGGCUGCUGCAGUAUUUGGAUCGUUAUGAGGACCAUGAGCUGGGCAUGCACAAAGCCAAGCGCCGGCGCACAGAUAGUUGGGAGUUUAUUUAAAGAAAAAACUACCUCGCCACAGAAGGCACUGAGUACUUUUUACUCUACUAUUCGAUUUAUAUAUCGAACUUUUUAGUUUUUGUUUGAAAUGAAUUUACAGCGCAAUUUUUGUUUGUAAACAUUUUUUUUAUAUAUCCUAUUUCUCUUUCUUUUUUUGCAAGAAAAAAAAACACUCGAGACUUUGAAAGUAAAAUCAGAACGAAUUUUUGGUGGAUUCCCCAACCUAUGAUUCCAACGAUAUAGACUUGGGUCGUAUAUCGUCUAGCAAAUCGUAAAUACUAAGAAUUUUUGAGGAAAAACAAAAACAAACUAUAAAUGUAUCAAUUGAAUAAGUUUAGAUAAAUCAGUGAGGAAAACAAUGUAUCUUUAAGAACCCUGUCAAAACAUGAAAUAAAUACAAAAUGUAUACAAAGAAGUAA